UCCGAUUUGACAUUUCUGACUUUAUCAAAACAUUAUUAAUUGCAACUAAAUAUAUUAAUUUUUUUAAUUAUUAUUAAUUUAAAUUGAAUUUCCGCGUAAAUACGCUUAUUAUAACCUAUAAUGGGAGAUACAUCAACGAUUAAACAUGAUUGGUAUCAAACAGAUUCAACCGUAGUAAUCACCGUAUUAAUUAAGAACGUUCAAAAAGAGAAUUUGAGUAUAAAUUUCGGGGGAAAAUGCGUCGAAAUUUGCAUCAAAAGCGAAGAUGCGGAACAUAACCUCAAAUACGAUUUAUCCCACGUUAUUAUUCCCCAACAAAGUAGCUAUAAACUUACACCUUCUAAGAUCGAAAUUAAGUUAAUAAAGCUUGAUGGGAUAAGAUGGAGUAAGCUUGAAGGCGAACCGGAAGUUGUUGAGGCGAAAAUGAAGGUGGUGGAGGUUGAGGAAGGUGCUUCUAGUGGCCCCCCGCGUUACCCCACGUCUAUGAAGGGGAAAGAUUGGGGUGCCAUUGAAAAAUCGAUUAAGGAACAAGAAAAGAAUGAAAAACCGGAAGGUGAUGAGGCUUUAAAUAAGUUAUUUCAAGACCUUUAUAGUAAAGGAAGCGACGAGGUUAAAAUGGCUAUGAAUAAGAGUUUUCUUGAAAGCGGCGGUACGGUUCUUAGCACUAAUUGGGAUGAAAUUAAGAAAGAGAAGGUUCCGAUUAAACCCCCGGAUGGCAUGGAAUGGAAAAAAUGGAAUUAAAAUAUUGUAAUGUUUUGUGAAUUCAAUAAAAAAUGCUGUAUCGUUUAA